CCAUCCCCUCCAUUGAAUGAUGCAGGAUUGUAAUAGCCAAAUGUUGUCAGAAAUUUCUAAAGCAGUUGUGUAAAAUGGUUUUAAGAGAUUUUACAUAAUAAGAUUCAAUACCUAAAGGUCAGACGAAUUUUUCAAUCUCUUUACUUACAUAAAUAAAAUAGCUUUACAUCAGGAGACAAUUGCACUUCGGUGGAUAGAUUGAAUCUAGCUGAUAUUCUGUUCUAAAAUUCCCUGAUUUCCUAAGUUGCAUAACUAAAGUUAAUAAAAUCACAAAGAAUGUUUCGAAAUCCGUAUUUUUCCGAAAUUCCAUCUUGUUGCCUUGCCCAAUUUAACAUGGACCCCCUAUAGAAACAUGCUCAAUAUUGAUCAAGUUUAAAUUGUGAUUUCCAUUUUUUUGAAAACUUUUAGUACGUGUUUUUUUUUGUUUAUCUUUGGGUCUAGCCAGAUAAAUCGACAUAGUCAUCCGCAUAAUCACCGACAUCCUCUGAUUGCUAAUUUUUAAUGUUCUACAACCUCCCAGUGCUUUUCCAAAUCGUUGUUUCUUAAUUUGCUGAGAUGAGAAAAGUAUGUAACUCGUACUGAUGAAUAUCUAACUCGUGUGAAACUUUCAUCAUAUCUUAAAGAAAUACAUUUUCGUGAAUCGAAAUUUUUGUAUUUUUUUAGAUUUUGCGAGAAUUUGAUUUUCCUAAUGGAUAGUUUCAAUGAGAAUUUAUUUUUGCGAAUAGCAAAUUUCCAUUACGUAAUUUUUAAGGUUUUUAUUCUACACGCUUUCUUUAUAAGAAUACUAAAUUUCUAAACAGGGUGGUCAGUAUUUUCUUUUCUUUAUUUGUGCAUUUGUGUUUUUAACCUGUUCCAGCUUGACAUUUUAAAAAAGCAUAUUUUUAUAUAGAAAAAUCAUAUGUCGAAGUUGACGACAAUUCAUUAAAUAGUUGAAGCCAUUUCGCCCUUCACCAACAUCAAUGUCUAUGUGCGAAAAAGAUUCAUCAGAAAAAUCGUCAUUCUCAAGACCUGGAUUUCUCACGCAGGAUUUGAACUAAUAGCCCCAUGUGAGGUUUUUUUAAGUGUUGGUAAUACCGCGUUUAAAUACAGCGUAAGCCAUAUCGUGAAGUGAUGUAUCCUUCUGUUUCGCCCAGAUGAUAGAUAUGUCUAUAAAGUUUGUGUUAUGGUUGUUUUCUGGCUUCACUUUGUUCAUUCAAGGUUUUCAUGCAACAGGAAUAAGCGCUCAGAUACGUCAUUCAUUUACAUUAAUAGCUUCUACAAAGGAGUACCCGAACCUUCUCACACAAUGGAGCGUGAUUACCGAAUACGGUUUUUAUCAACAUUCAUCGUCUCUCCACCAACACGAGACAGGGAUUAUUCAAAUUACCAAAAGUGGAAUCUACUUUUUAGCUAUGAAUUUAAUGUUUGAGAGGAUUGGUAAGGAAGGUGGAAGUCUUAAAGUAGCUAUACGUGAAAUUCAAGUGGCUAGAAACGUGUUCUGUUAUGCUGCAAAACACAUAAACACAAAUGGGACUGUAAAUUUGCAAUGUUUCACCAGGUUAAAGCAGUUAACAAAACUUGAAAUAAGCGUGCACAAUAAAAACGAAAUCACUGUCAAAGAAGGUUCGACACUCAGCAUACAAUACAUUGGUAACCCUGGUGACACUCCUUCGUUUGUGCUGCCACUUACAACAGAAUUAACUUAUCCUGGAGUGCUUAACGAACUAAGAUUUUUUAAUUCGUUGACAGUUUUUUCGACUCUAUCAAGUGUUACCAUUCCAUGUACUGGUAUAUAUUAUCUUUCAAUCGCAGCCGUGGUAGCCAUGAAAUCGAAUUCUUAUUUUGAAAUUGCAGUGAACAACAAAACUAUUUUGUACAACGUCUCCAGCAAAGAAAUUAUAAUAAAGACAGUCUCAUUUCUUCAACCAGUAAAACUUCACAAAGAUACUUUCAUCACAAUUAAAAUCGAGAAUGCAGAGAUUUUGAAACACAGUAGCUAUGCAAUUCUCAAAUUGGGGGACAAGGAGUCGAUACGCGAAGGAUUUUCUCUCCCUUUAUUGAAUGUUAUAACUACAAAUACAGAUGUCUGCUUAAUAAAGCUAGAGCACGAUGCUAACAGCACAAGCUUUACAAAUAACAUCCACUAUGCUUUUUCAGAUAGAAAAGACAUAAAUAGAAACCUUCUACAAAUCAAGGAGAGUGGUUUAUAUCUCAUUAUGUUGCAACUAAACCUCCCAAGCAAAAAUAAAUAUUUUGAAGCAACAAUAACUGGUAGUGACGAUAUGGAGGAGGAUGAAAUUGACUUAAUUUCAGGCCUCUCCUCCACACACAAUUUUGAGAACAAAGGUUCUAGCAUGCUUAAUAUACAUGGCGUAUUAAAUCUGCGUGCGAACUCCAUGUUGUCAAUCAAGUUCAAAUCAUGUGACGCUUACAUGAAGCUGAACGCGCAAAGUUUUUUGUCGUUGGCUCCAAUUUCUUCAAAAACAUACUCACUGUCUUCAGAGUUAGCAAUUAGCGAUGGGCACGUAAUCAAUUGCCGUCAAAAGUGGAUCCAACUAAAAAAUUUUAUACCCAAUAAAAAGAUGUAUUUUAGCAAGUAUCUGACUGGUGACGAAUUUAUUGUUCCUUCAUCGGGUGUUUACUUUGUUUAUGCUUACGUCAGCGUAAAAACAAUAGGCGAUAGCACGCAAAAGAUUCUUCUGUUGUUGAGAGACAAACAACUAACCAAAACACUGUACAGUAUUCGAUUGAUCAAAACGAAAACAGAGAAGCUCAAUGUGGGUGGUAUUGUUGAAUUAAAUAGAGGAGAUGUAUUGAAACUUUUCGUUACCUGUAAGACCAGUAUUCAGAUUGUUGGUGAUGUCCAUUUUGAUUUGACUUUGUUGCACAGUCUUCAGAACGGAAAUUAUUUGAUUGCUAAAAAGAAUCAAGGCCAGAACUGGAAAUCUAAUUCUCGUGGUGAAAACCACGAAAUGCAGUCUCUAAAAUCGCCUGGAAACGGUGUCUUUCUUGUGACAUAUUCAAUACAUUUAAAUUUCACUGAGUUAGGCAGCAAACCUGAAGAGCUUGUGUUAAGAGUAUUUAACGGGCAAAAAGAUCUCGGUUUGAAUUUCAUCACAUACAUGAGUAGCAACGAGAUGGAGAGUGAAGAAGACUUUACUCUAGAAGUAUUCGGCUACUUAAAAUUAAAAAAAAACGACAGUGUGCACAUAACCUUAACAUUAGCAGAAGGAAGCAAGGCAAAACUUUCUCCGAUUGAAGAAACAUUUAGUUGUGCUUUAGUUUCAAAUGUAUUAAUGGAAAAAAAUGGAUUUAAAACAAUCCAACGAGCAAAUAGAAUGUUUCAAUUUAUUAACAAACUCAACGCGUUAGACAACUUCAAAUUUUCAGAAAGCUCUGGUGGCUUUAAAUUACACGACACGAAAUUUUUUGGCCCGUAUUUUGUUGCAGUUAGACCGAGUACAGUUUUGUACCAUGUAAGUGUUCACCUGCAUGAAGUUAUAGGUGUGUUCAGACUAUGUAUUCGUGUUCGACCUAAAUACCGUUUACUUUACAUUUCAUCUCCGGUAGUUCUAAAAACUCGAGAUUCCGUGACUCUAACAGCGACUGGCAUCUUACAAGUUGCAAGGGAAGAGUCUUUACAGCUACUUGUAUAUGGAGAUCGCAUUGAUACUCCGGUACUAUGCACGAGAAGCUCUUGGUCGCUGAUGGACUUGUCAGGACCCUCCUCCUCAAUUUCUCGAAAUAUUGUAGCAAAGGACAACAGCUCGUUGCAAACAAUUUCAGGACCAGCUGGAAUAUACGCUCAAACCAGAAACGUUAUUAUUAACGACCGAGUUUAUGGUGGUAUGCGAUUUAUCAAAUACGACAACAAGACGACGUUUGCUGCUAAUAACGUCACGACGAUAUACGACUCGUAUUUCUUAACGAAACUUCAUCAGUUUGUUACCAUGUACCAACAGCCACGAAAAACAGUCGCAUUUAAUGUGGAGCAACUUUUUGAAAGUGAAAGCUUUCACAAUCAGCGAUGCGUUGUUACCGUUGUGGAGAAUAUUUUACCGAACACGUUGAUAUUUAGAACGGCCGACAGAAUGCUGAAAAUUGAGAUUCCAAACGUUCAAAAUGUCUCGAAUUUCUUUGUUCUUGCAAUGUGUAGAAAAAACAAAUUAAAAGUUCUUUUAGAUAAAUCAGGAUCGGACAGCAACAAAACAGUCCCAGUCGCGAACUUCGUAGCACUCAACACUUUGCAAGGGACAGAAGGAUUCUCAGCCACGAUUUUAGUGGAUCAAAAAUAUACAGCAACUGACGGAUUUACGGAACGAUUGGACGGCUGGAUUACAUCGCAUCAUCCGUUCUUUGACGCUUCUAAAGGUUACAAAGAAGGGUCUGGGAUGUUUAUCCCUCAAGAGAAUGGGUACUACUUUAUCACCAUGACGUUUCAUGUGAAAUUAUCUGGAGAUCCGAGCAGUUGCCAACUUAUUGUGUACUCUGAUGAUACAGUAAAGGUCUUGACAAACGUACUAAAUGAAGAAUACGUUGUUUACGCAAAUGUGUUAUGGUUGCAAAGAAAUUCCGCUCUCCAAUUAAAGUUUAAAUGUCCAAACAGAUAUAAAGUCACAGUUGAGAAGAAUUCAAAGUUAUCUGUAUUUACUGUCGAUACUCAGCCAUCUUUCGACGCGCAAUGCAUUGAUGGCAUAGACAAGAAUACAGCCAAGACCAACAUAAAUGGCAGCUUAACACACGUGGCACUCACUAGAGACUUUGUUUUGAAAUGUUCGUCCACAUUAAACUUAGUGGCUGAUUUUAUUUGGGAAAAAGAUGGCAAGGUAAUAAAAGUGAUCCGUGGAAAGCGCGAAGGUUCCCUACUCCUUACCAAUGUGCAGUUUAAUGACAAUGGGACGUACACGUGUAAAAUGGAACGAGGGAAGUCAUUAAUGGCUGCAAAUCCUGUUAAAGUGAUUGUUGUAGAUCCACGCCCAGUCUUAACCCUUUCAAAAGAAACCGUGUACGUGAAAGAAAAUGUUGAUACUAACAAGCUGGUUGCAUGGGUUACAGUGCAUGCUUCCAACAUGCUCACUAACGAGCCAGCUGACGUGAUGUUGAGCAUAGUGGAAGGAAAUGACGACAAUAACUUUUACUUUUCGCCAUCUCUUACGAACGGAUUUUCGACAUUACUACACAGAAGGCCGUUUAAUUACGAGUUGCGAUCAUCUUACAGACUCACCGUUAAAGCCGAAACAUUUGAUAUGGAAACCACGGGUUUUAUAACUAAAAAUCUGACAGUAUAUAUUAUGAAUGAAAACGAACAUAAACCGAAAUUCAUCAAUCAAACGCAAAUAUGCAAAGUGAAAGAAAACAGCAAUUUGAAAACUAAAGUAUGCAAGGUAACCGCUUUCGAUGAAGACCCGAAUACAACUAUUAAGUAUAGCAUUUAUUUCACAUCAAUAGGCAAACCAUUUGCAAUAGAUGAACUAUCAGGGGAUAUAACAGUCAAUAAUAAAGUCGACUAUGAAAUAUUUAAAAAAAUUGACUUGAUCGUAAGUGCUAGCGAUGGAUUAUUUACGACAUAUCAGCAUGUAAAUGUCUUAAUUGUCGACGAUAACGACAACAAACCGAUAUUUGAAAAACAAGAAUACAAGGUUACCAUUUUUAAUAAUGGCGCACCAGACAUCUCCAUUAUAAAAGUUACGGCAACCGAUCGUGAUAGCGGGAAAUACGGUGUAAUUACAUACAAGAUCGUAAAUGAUUUUGAAUUAUUCAGAAUACAUAAAAAUGACGGUGAUAUAUUUGUGAAAAAAACUCUAUUGAAACCCGCGGUUUACAAAUUAAAAAUAGAAGUAAAGGAUCAAGGUGAUCCAUCCUUAGCAGACACAUGUGUUGUCAUAGUAACUGUCGUGAGUAAUAACUAUACGUUUGUACCACCGCUUACAUCCCAACCACCUCCGCCGGUUAGCUUGACAUUUAUAGAGCGAUUGGCAAAAGAAAGAAAUAGCUGGAAGUUUUGGGUGAUAUCUGGCUUGGUUGUCUUCUUCAUUCUGUUCAUUAUCAUUGUUAUUGUUCUCUGCUGUAAAUACGACAGAACGAAGAAAGAAUUGAAAGAUUUUAUAGACAACCAGCCUGAUGAAGCUGAAUUGGAGAUGAAGUCAUUUCUUUUGUACACCAAAAAACCAGCAGAAGCAGUGGAAGCCAGUAUGUACAUCUCAAGUGAAACUCUACCAUCGGCUUACAGUUCUUUGAAAAAUCUAACCAAAAUUGACUCAACAGAGCUAUGGCCAAUGAACGGCACACCACAUAUAAACGGAAAAGCUAAACUUAUUUAGCUAAACAUCAAAGCGAGUCACGUUUAUUCCGUACCUUUAGGAGCCUCAGGAAACACCUUUGCCGAAAAAGUUUAAUGCACAAUCGUCAUAAAGCAUGAAAACUUAUAGGCAAAUCAAGGCAACGCAGACAUGAUGAUAUUGUCAGACGGAAAGUUUCGCGAUUUAUAUUUCAUCGCGUUUAGGUGCGCAAAAAUUAAAUUCACGAGUAUGAUGGGUAUUUAUUCCAAGGUUUUACCAAAUACGAAUCUUCCACUAGGUUCUAUAUAAACUCAAACUGACAUUGUUUCUUUUGUAACUUUAAAGAAUUUAUAUUGCCACUUCUCAUAAACACAACCUUUUUUUAUAAGCAACCCAUUUUUGGACUCAGACCUCAGGUUGCUAAGGAGAAAUAGCUUUUUAAACCUCAAGUUUAACCAAAAAUUUCUAGGGACUCCCACGCACAAAUGAUUCUACUGGUAAACUGGAAAAGUUGCUCAAAGGGGAAAGGUGUCCAGGUGAUGAAUGAAGACAUAGAAUUUACUUAAUUUUGUGCCCAAUUUGAAGCCUAGACCCUUAGCAACUGCUUUAUUAUAAAAAACAUGUACAAGUUAGAGAGGUUCUCCGAAAUAAUAAUAAAGUGAGUAAACAUAAAUAAGAAAGCAGCUGUUUAUACCCAUGAUAUUCUGAUGUUCUUAUAUGGUUUGUUCUUAUAAAAAAAACAAAAAAAAAACGUUUGAUAUUCGAUUUCAACACAAUUCCUUACUUAUUAUAUUUAUAGAGAAAUAAAUAUUAGAAGUUAUAGUGUUUU